AUGCCGACGCAAAAGGAAAGAAUGACGCUGGAUGAGAUGGCCAAUAUUCAAGAUUACAAAAUCAAUAUCUUGAUCUUCUUGGUCAUUUCCAUGUCUUUCUUGUUGGUCUUCUUCAUCGCAUUGGAGAUUUUUCGCAUCUUCAUUUGGGCCUUGACUUCGGUACGGGGUUUUUAGUUUUUUGGAAUUUUGGGGGAGGGGGAUGUUUUUUAGUGAUUUGGGGGAGGAGGGAUGUAGGGGGUUUUUUUGUGAUUUGAGAGGGGGAUGGAGGGUGGUUUUUUGGUGAUUUGGGAGGGGGAUGGAGGGGGGUUUUUUGGAAUUUGGGGAGGGGAUAGAGAGUUGUUUGUUUCUUGGUGAUUUGGGGUGAGGAGGGACAUAGGGGGUGGUUUUGACUUUUUGUUUUGGUAGGGGGUGUUUUUUUUUGGUUCUUGGUUCUAAUAGGGGUCUUUUUGCUUACGGUAUGUUUUUUUUGCUUUAAAAUUUUAGUAGGGGGUGUUUUUGAGUUCGGCAGGGGUAUUUUGUUUUUGGUUUUGGUAGGGGUGUUUUUUGGUUAUGGCAGCGGUUUUUUUUAGUUUUUAACUCUUUAAGGGGUGGUUUUGACUGGGGUAGGGGCUUUUUGAUUCUGGUAGGGGUGCUUUUUGUUUUUGGUUCCGGUUGGGACCUCUUCUGCCUCUAGAAAUGAGGACGGGCCGGUUAUGACCCCAAUUUUGGACAGGCCGUGCCUGAAAAGCAAGUCCCGUGCCGUUUGCACUAAAAAAUUUGGGCCCGGCUUGUUCCUCAUGUCUACCUACCUCCAUAAAGCCGAUCCGAAUGAAUUUUUAACCCCCCUCCCUCUACCAUGUAAAUGAUACAGUUUUUUUUUGUUUUAGAAGAAAAAAUCCGGUUCGAAGAGCAAGAAGAAGAGCCGGUCCAAGAGUCGAAACUCCAAGGCGAGCCGCUCCAAGAAGAAGAAGAAAAAGGGAAAAGCCAGAAAAGGAAAGUCCAAGUCCAAAUCUAGCAAAUCGGUGGGUUUUUUGGCUUGAAAAAUUUUUAAUUUUCAAUUUUUUGAAAAAAAAAAUUUUUGAGUUUUAAUUUUUUUUAUUUAAAAUCACAGGAGGGACCAAGCUUAAAUUUUGAAAAAAAAAUUUUUGUUUUUUUGAAUUUACAGGGACGGGCGGCUAAUCCAUUUAGUAUCGAGCGGGGUAAUUUUUUUUUCAAAAUUUUGAUCGGGCUGGACUUCAAAAUUGGCUCGGCUUGUUGCUCGUGUUUACCCUUGGGUUGCUUUGGCAUGACUUGGCUUGUCUUUCUAUUUUCCUUGACUUGACUUAACUUGUCUUGACUUUGCUUAACGUGGUUUGGCUUAACGUGUCUUAAAUUGCCUUGCCUUGCUCUGCCUUUGCCCUGCCUUUGCCCUGCCUUUGCCCUGCCUUUGCCCUGCCUUUGCCCUGCCUUUGCCUUGCUUUGCCUUGCCUUGCUUUGCCUUGCCUGUCACGUUAUUCAUAUUGACAAUACAUUUCAGAGCAGAAAGCCCUCGUCCAAAAGUUCGUCUAAGUCAAGCUCGGUCAAGUACAGCAGUUCAGGCAGUAAGUCCAGAUCCGGCAAGCGGAGUAAGAGCUCGAGACGGGAGGAGAAGAAGAUGCUGGAUGUGAGCGAGAGGGAGCGUCGUCUCAUGCUCAAGAACCACAAACCCGAGAAGAAGAGUCACGACUCGAGUCAAGAGAAGCCGGUGGAUAAGAACAGUUUGGCCACUACAACUCCACAGAACCACUUUGCCCAUAACAAGGGAACGGAGAACAAGCAUGUCAAGAUUGUGGCACAGGGUAGGACACAAUUUUUUUUGGGUUCUGGGUGUUAUAGAGGGUGUUUUAUAAAGUUGAGGCCUUUUAAUGGUUUUUGGUACCAUUUUUUUUAUUUUUGGUACUCUUUUGGAAUUUUUAGUACUAUUUGAUAUUUUUGGUACUCUUUUGGAAUUUUCAGCACUAUUUUGAUAUUUUUGGUACUCUUUUGGCAUUUUUACUACUAUUUUGAUAUUUUUGGUACUCUUUUGGCAUUUUUACUACUAUCUUGAUAUUUUUGGUACUCUUUCGGAAUUUUUAGUACCGUUUGAUAUUUUUGGUACUAUUUUAGCACUUUUAGUACUCUUUUGCCAUUUUUUGUACUAUUUGAUAUUUUUACUAUUUUGAUAUUUUUGGUACUAUUUUUUAAUUUUUAGUACCAUUUUCGAGGGCUUUGGCUUUUGUUUACCAUUUUGCCAUUUCAGAUCACAACAUUCCCACAACUGGCAAGUAUGAAGCGGUCUCAGCGAAAUGGCCAAUGAAUAUGGAUGGAAAGCCGGAUCCCUACUCUCAGUCUCCGAAAGUCACUUCAACUGAUUCUUGUAGGUUUUCUUGAGUUUUCUAUAAACUUUUGGACCAAGAACUUGUGCUAUUUUGUUGUUUUGUUACCUUAACUAUAGAAAAUUUGACUUUCCACAAACUUUUGGACCAAAAUAUGAGUUUUAUUACCUAAACUUUCAUUUUUCAGCGGCCGUCUCUCAAUGCACGACUAUCUCAACCCUUUCCACAGGCAUGGAAUCCACACCACCUCAGGACCCGAAGAAAACACUAGCCGCCCCGCCCCAAAACCUGCCGUCAACCGAUCCCAAACCCUCCGGACAGUCCUCCCAACCCGACGUUUCGUUGUAA